AGGGUUGGUUCAUUAUAGUUUUGCAUCACAAUAGUAGUUUUGUUAAAGAAUUAUUGUAAGAUGUUAGAAGGAAACAAAUAAGCUUGACCAUAUUUGUGAAAUGUUCUUGUGCAGUGUCCCUAGUUUCCCGUCUUCAUUUUUUAGGUUUCCCAAAGACAGAGACUUGAGGAAGAAAUGGGAAGUGGCUUUGAGGAGGGAAGGAUUCACUGCCAGUGUUUUCUCUGUGCUUUGUAGUGAGCAUUUUAAGCCAGGAGACUUUGAUAGGACAGGCCAGAUUGUCCGACUCAGAGAUGGUGUUAUUCCAUCCAUUUUCUUAUUCCCAGUUCAUCUCCAAAAACUGGAAAAGCUUAGGACAACAAAUACGUCCAGAAGAGCUGACGAGAACGUGUCUGUGGCCUUUCAGGAUGAGCCAACAACUGAAACCUCUCAUCCACAACCUCAGCCUGAUGAGUGUGUUUCAGGUCCUGAAUGCUUCUAAAUGGUUUGUAUAACACAAGAUCAACGUUAUGCAGAUGUCAGAA